UUCCGUAUGGUUCGGUUUUAUCGUCGCAUUUUUUCUUGACUCGGUUUCGUUAGUUAACCAAAAUUUCCGUGUUUUACACGCGUUCUUAAACGACUCUCGUCGGUAGUCGCCAUUGACGGACGGCAAAGGAAUUACAGACCUUAAAUUAGUACGAUGUAUGGCCAAAGGUGAAAGUAACGAUCUCAACACCGUGCGAAAACUUCUUGUGAAUAACUAGUGCUGGCCGAAAGAAAUCGCAGUCAUGUUUAUGAUGACAGAUGACAGGUUAUUGGAUGCUGUGUGAAGUUGAAACAAAUUGUGUUUAAUGUUUUUUGGCUACGUAAAGAAAAUGGACUGUUAAAGGUCAAAAAACCGCCUGUUGGUUCAAUACCAAAUCACUAUGUAUCGUGAAGUUAAUUUUUUCUCAUAAUGCGAGCUAGUAUCGUACCUAGUUGCUUUUCGUGAAAUAAAGUGUACUUACCUGCAAUAUUAGAUACAUGUUUAAGGCUUUCGAAGCCAAUAAUUCAGUUAGAUAAAAGGAUUGUUUCCAGUCGUCGAUAAAUUACUGUUUUUCAUUAUAUAAACAUAAAUGUGUCGACUCGUUUCUUCAUGUACGACGACGCCCAACACUUUUCCGAGUGAAACCGAAAGUGCGAAGUGAUGCAGCUGCAGUUCAUUAGAAAAAAACAGUUCAUUAGAGUGAAAUUUUAUUGGCCGUUUGUGUGUAAUUUAAUUUUAUUUCCAUUUUUUUUACUCCGAGACGGUUGGUAGUUUUUAAUUGAAACAUAUGGCAAUUUUUAUCCAUUGUUAUGCACUGGACAAUGUUGAUUGCGAAAUCAGUGGCUUAAGUGUAGUUAAAUAUUCAUAAAGUGCAAUUAAUUAAAAACGGUAGAAGGAGCAAUCAAUUGUUAGUCCUAAUGGUGUUAUUCAAUGAUGACACAAUCGGAGGAUACGAGAAAGGAUGGCCUAUCGACAGGUGGUUUACAGCCUGCAUCACCUUUAACUCCUCAGCAGACGCAACAACAUCUGCAAGUUCCUGGAGGCCAGUCCGGGAUUCUGGCCUCAACUCCUUUGGAGGCUACCAGAACAUAUGUAUUUCCCGGUUUGAGUGCAGUGGGCGGUAGUGGAUUCACAACAACCGGAGUCAGUAGAACCCUGUUUGAUCAGCCUAGAAAUGGUGGACACUCUCGAUCAAUCAGCCAUGGCGAGGGAUCCUUUGGAGUGCACGGUGCGGUCGGGCGACCUUCUGCGCUUAAAUCUGCUGUCAAAGGAGGUCACCAACGGGCCCGAUCGCAAGGGCAUAUUACUGAUGCUCCAGUUCCACGAUCCGGCCAUAGUCGUGUUGGGUCCAAGACGGAUUUUAUCCUUCCACCUGGGCAUAAAGAACCGCCGGAGACACGAGAAACAGGGACGGCUUCCACUUCCGGCAAAGGCCAUUCAAGACAGGCAUCACGCUCUGAGUCGAUUUACACACUGCGGCGGGCCGAUCGACCACCCUGGUGGAAGCGCAUUAUGUUUUGUCGAAGCAGCAAAUUUGAAGAUCGAGGCUACCGUUUAGUUGUGCCUAAUCACACAGUGCCUCCGAAGACACCGAAACAUGACCAUCCGAAUGGACGGCUCGUUGGGAACAAAAUUCGGACUACUAAGUACACGCUACUAUCAUUCGUGCCGAAGAAUUUACUGGAACAAUUUCAUCGGGUGGCAAACUUGUACUUUAUUUUUAUUGUACUGCUAAACUGGUUUCCUCAGAUCAACGCGUUUGGCAAGGAGAUAGCAAUGAUUCCGGUACUGUUUGUACUGGGCGUGACAGCAAUCAAGGACUUGUUCGAGGAUCGGCGACGAAGGGCUUCUGAUAAGCGGAUUAAUAACUCAACCUGUCGAGUGUAUAAUGGCGAAUCGGAGCGCUACAAAAAAGUGCUCUGGCAGGACGUACGUGUGGGUGACCUGGUGCAUUUAUCCAACAACGAGACAGUUCCGGCGGAUAUUCUGCUGCUGAAAUCCAGUGAUCCACAUGGGGUGUGCUAUAUCGACACAUGCGAUUUGGAUGGAGAAACGAAUCUGAAACGACGACAGGUGAUAAGGGGGUUUGCCGAAAAGCAACAUAUCUUUAUGCCCAGCAAGUUCACUAGCCGUGUCGAGGUGGACGCUCCAUCCACCAAAAUAUAUCGCUUUCAUGGAGCUGUGAUACACUCAUCGGGUGAACGAGUACCGGUAUCUACCGAAAGUCUUUUGCUUAGGGAAAGUCGUCUCAAGAACACCGAUUAUGCCGAAGGCAUUGUUGUCUAUGCUGGCCAUGAAACAAAAGCCAUGCUUAACAACAGUGGUCCACGCUACAAGCGGUCCCAGAUCGAACAACAGAUGAAUAUAGAUGUUAUAUGGUGUGUUAUCAUACUGAUUAUCCUCUGCGUGAUUGGUGCUAUCGGCUGUAAAAUGUGGUUAUCGUCCUUUGUGGCAAGUACCGGCGAUAAUAACGAAACGUUUCGUAUUCCUUAUCUUCCGUUCGAGAUUAGCCCAGACUACGAGGGUCUGCUGGCCUUUUGGACGUUUGUGAUAAUUUUACAGAUUAUGAUACCUCUUUCACUAUACGUAACGAUUGAAUUGUGCAAAAUUAUGCAGGUAUAUCAUAUUCACAACAGUAUCGAUUUGUACGAUUCUCAAACGAAUAAAAGGACUGAGUGCCGUGCAAUGAACAUUACUGAGGAGUUGGGUCAGAUUCAGUAUAUAUUUUCGGACAAGACCGGCACCCUGACAGAAAACCGAAUGAUUUUUCGAAGGUGUACCAUUAUGGGAGUAGAUUACAAUCACCCGGAAACCGACGAAGAAAAAGAACUGACUAAAGUCGGUGGUCCCGUGCCGUAUCUUCAGCCAAAUAUUAGCUUAAUAGAGAAUUUAAAUCAAACGUCCGAUGGAAGUUCAUUAUCAAGUAGCGCGCAGCAGAUACAAGAGUUCUUUCUGGUGUUGGCAAUAUGCAAUACGGUGGUAGUAAGUGCCACACCCCACAAAGAUCACAUGAAUGCGAGCGGGGUAAUUGAGUUAAAUGAUAGCGAUACGAGUGUAACCUUAGUGCGACCGGUGAUCGUUGCCGAUGGGAUAGGGAACGGUAUUGAUCCUGCUAGUGACCGUUACGCGAGACUCACGGAGUCACGAUCUAUCACGCCGUCACCUCCGCCAAGUGCUCCUUCGUCGCUGCCACUGAAACAAACCCAUGUGCCAUCGCUGUCGCCCAUUAGUAGCUCAGCAGAAACAUCUCCAAUGUCGGAAAGCCCUCCAAUGAAAUUGAGAGCCAUUACCCCGACAACUCGUGUCAAAUCCUUGGUCGCCAAGCUACCCAAAGGUCCAUUCAAGUCUAGUAACAGUAGCGGUAAUAGUAAGAACAAGUUCAGCAUGAAUAGUGUUAAGUUCCAAAAGUCCCAGUCUCAAGGGUCGACACCGAGCGAUCGACGGCCGAUCUUUGAGGCAGAAAGUCCGGACGAGCUAGCGUUGGUCAACGCGGCGUACAGCUACGACUGUUGUCUAAUUAAUCGAAGUCCCAAUCACGUUUUAGUGAAUGCCCCAGGCGAAGGUGUCGUAGAAUAUGAAGUCCUGAAAAUACUGCCCUUCGAUUCUAACCGUAAAUGUAUGUCGGUUGUGGUUCGGAAAACAGGCACUCAAGAAGUUGUACUGUACACGAAGGGUGCGGACAGCUCAAUCAUGUCCAAUCUAGCAUCCUGUGCUCCUGGAUCUGAAGAGUACCGCUUUCGGGAGCAGACCCAGCAUCAACUGAACCUAUAUGCUCGCCAAGGUCUGCGUGUACUAGUAAUGGCGAAGCGUCAUCUUGACCCUGCAGAUUUUUCCGAAUGGUACAGCAAACAUCAAGAGUGUGAGUUGUCUAUGGAACAUCGUGACAAAAAAAUUCGAGAAUCAUUUGCACUUCUGGAACGAAAUCUGUCUCUUUUGGGAUCAACGGGUAUUGAAGAUCGUUUGCAGGAGGGAGUGCCGGAAACGAUCGGUUCGCUUCUUCAAGCGGGUAUUGUGAUAUGGGUUUUAACGGGUGAUAAAACGGAGACAGCGAUCAAUGUAGCCUAUUCAGCGCGUUUGUUCAACUCCCAGAUGGAUAUUUUGCGAUUAACUGCCCGUUCGCGGGACUCGGCCGAGGCGUCCAUCAACUUCUACCUAAACGAGAUCGAAAAACAGUUGAACGACGUGGAUUUUUCCAUUCGAAAUGAUCGGGAAAAGGGACGAGCACUGGUAGUGGAUGGGAAAACAUUAACAUUCAUUCUCGAUCUGCGAUCGAAUCUAACGAAACCGUUUCUCCGACUAACGAGGUACUGCUCGUCGGUGUUAUGUUGCAGAGCAACACCGCUGCAGAAAGCGUUCCUUGUUAAGGUGGUAAAGGAGGAGAUUCGAAUGAGCACAUUGGCCAUUGGUGACGGCGCUAAUGAUGUAUCCAUGAUUCAGAUGGCAGAUGUUGGCGUAGGGAUUUGCGGCCAGGAAGGAAUGCAAGCAGUGAUGGCGUCCGAUUUUACUAUAGCGAAAUUUAACAUUUUAGAGAAACUGCUGCUUGUCCACGGGCACUGGAACUACGACCGGCUUGCGCGAAUGAUCAUUUAUUUCUUCUACAAAAAUGCUGCGUUUGUGUUUCUUCUUUUCUGGUAUCAACUGUACUGCGGAUUUUCAGGUGCCGUCAUGAUCGACGAAAUCUACCUAAUGAUCUACAAUCUCAUCUUCACUGCCCUGCCUCCGCUUGCCAUUGGCGUCUACGAUAAGAAAAUAAUCGACGACUUGUUGCUCAGCUAUCCACGACUUUAUCGACACGGACGCCUGGGAAAAGGCUAUAAAGCCCACACGUUCUGGAUUGUUAUGUUCGACGCCCUUUAUCAAAGUUUAGUGAUAUUUUUUAUAGCAAAGGCUGCGUUUUGGGAUUCGGACGUAGAUGUUUGGGUUUUUGGAACAACCAUUACUUCGUCCUGCCUUUUUACGAUGUUGCUUCACUGUGCCAUAGAAAUAAAAUCAUGGACUAUCUUGCACGUAUUAUCAAUCGCAAUUAGUAUAGGAUCGUUCUAUGUAUUCGCCUUCUUGUACAACAGCGUAUGUGUUAACUGCUUUGGUCUGCCCUCUAAUUAUUGGGUUAUCCACAUGAGUAUGAGUUCCGUACAGUAUUACCUGAUAACUGCCCUCACAGCAGUACUUGCUUUAUUACCCCGCGGCCUCUACCGAGUGCUGGAAAACACCGUUUGGCCUGGUGAAGGUAUCCGAGUGACCCUGCAGUACAAAGAGGAGAAACGAAGAGAACCGCCAAUAACUGGAUUGCGCAUAAGACUGUAAAAGCCAAACAUCGUAGGUGACGAUGUGCGAGAAUAAAAGGCAUAGCUAAAAUUUUCAAACAUCAAUCGAUUGAGUAACUUAUACGAAUAAUUCCAAAAUGAUAUAUUUAUUUUUAUUCAAAUCAAGCGACCCCUAGUUUAUUGCGUGUUUUGUGAUUCGGAAAGCUAACUGUUAGGUGAUAUUGCAAAUCAAAAUAAACGAAAAAUACUUUUCAUAUCAAUAGGAAGUUUACGAACUGAAGAGUGAUUGUCCGAUAGUCCGAUAGAACCAAUUUUAUCUAAAAAUUAUUUUCAUACAAAUAUUCCAUCCAAUUAUGCAAACAUAAUUUAAUUCAAUGAGUCUUCGAUUUGCCAGCUAGUAUUUUAAGCAUUUUAAGCAAGAAGUUUAUCGCGUUAAAAACUUUCUGGGAAAGGAAAGUCUUGGCGCUACAUUCCGAAUUUGGCCUUCUUUAUUUCGACAGACUUAGCAGCCAACUGUUAGUGCGCAGGACUAUUAUGAGGCCAGUGCUACGCGAUCUGAUUGAUUCUAACAGUCUCUCGCAGUCGAGACUAUCAUUCGACGACUGACUUGUAAAACCAGUAUCUUACCACAAUGUUAAUUAGGAGACUAAAAACAUUCUGCACUUGUGGUUGUCAUUGGGUCCUGUAUGUGCUGGUUCUCCAUGAUUGAAUCGUUAACACACGAAACAACAGGCUUCUUUAACAAUCGAUCAAUCAAUCAAAUUGUAUAUUCUGCUAUCCAAGCAUACUACAAAUAUUUUAUUAAUUCAUCGACAUAUUCCUUUUUUUCUAAAUGAAUGUAAAUGUUACAUUUUACAUUUUCAUAACAAAAAUUAAAGUAAUAUACUGCAGUUAUUCUUAGGAUACGUUUGCGUCGUUGAUAUAAAAAGAAUAUUCUGUGACACAGACUGGUGUUCUGUAUACCUACAUACUCAUUAAACUUUUGGCUUCAGGUAAAAUUUGAAAUUUCAAAGUAACAUUACAGGGAUAGCUAAGCACUGACAGAAAGACAUCGGACAAUCACAACAAGUAUCUCAAUGGAACUGAUAGCGGCCUUAUACGAUCAGUUAAUUACCGUUCACAUUUGUAACGCCUGAAAUAAAACUUUUUUAAUCUUAAUAAAUAGUAUGCUGAUGAAGUCGAAAUUCAUUCUUUAUCGACGCCACGAAUGCACAUUUCAAUCAAUACGCUUAUGAAAAGAAAUCGAACUAUCUAGCAGUUCUGUUGCAACAAACUAUGUAGAGACCCUUUCUGACUAGGUACUAUACAAUAAAAAUCAUGCAACACAAAAGGCUGUGAAAACCGGAGCACUUCAUAACAAUGACGUCGAUGGUACAGCUCUUUUUGAGCUAAACUGAAAGGAAAAAUCAGCCAACUAUAAAUAAAGGAACAGACAAUAAGUUAAUAUUAUUUGAAUCAUUUGUUAGAGAAACCCCACAUGUGCAUUUGACACAAUUGUUGGAAAACAAAAAAAACUGAUAUUCUCAAGAUAUGUCCGGCGUUCGUGAAACCAACUUUUUACCUGGACUUUUAAAAGUAGAUAUAUGGGAACCCACGAUGAUUCAAAAUUGUCAAAAAGUUAUGAAAAUUGACCCUGUCUAAUGGCGCUUGUAGGAUUUCUUAAACAAACUAUUCUUUUGUUCAACACUGAACAUGUUACUGAUCCAACAAUAGUUAGCACAGAACUUGCUACUAAAUGAAAUGUGUAGACAAUGUCCUCAACACUUAUAUUACGAUUGUAAUUCUAAAAAUUUUAUGCCCGUUUAAAGCAUGCUACUUUUGGUUUACUGUUUGCUAAAAAGAUUUUCUAGGAGCAACAUGAAAAUAUCAAUUUACAACUAAUAAGACGCUAUUUUUCCAUUGUAGUAAUACUUGGCGGUAAAAACGAUAGUGAAUUUUUCAAUUUUAUCGCGUUAAAAGUAUCUCGCAACCACAUUAAACGAAAACUGAUGUAAGAUAUUUUUGAACUAUCUUAGCCUAUCAAUGAAUUGCUUAGAUAACUAAACUUUAAAAAAUGUAAAUAAUCGAAGCAGUGAGAUUCGAAACUGCGCAACUGUUAUGUAAGUAUUAUAUUUUAUUGGUGAAAUACAAU